AUGUUAAAAAUAUCUAUAAUCGUAAAAGAAGGAAUUAAGAAGGUAAGACAAGGAAUUAAAGGUAAAACGAGGAGUAUAUGUAGGAAUAAAGUGAGUAAAGAAUUAAAUGUUUAAUUAUAAAGCAAGAUGCUAAAUGAUAUACCAGUAUUCCAAGUGAUACACUAUAAAGUAUAUGGCAUUUAAUUGUUUUAUUUUUUCUUCUUGACCUUGAGACGCGACAAGUUCUAAUUCCAUAAUAUCCUUUAUAUAAUACUCUAAUUCUAUGUUUAAAUUAAUUUUGAGAUAAUAGUUUACUAAAGCUUUUAGUACAAUCUUAAAAAUAUAAUUGAACAAUUAAUAUUUCAUCAGCUAAGUAUUAUACAAGUUUAGUUAAACAAGACUUAUUAUAAUAAUAUAGAUGCGGAUCGAUGCAUUAUAAAUUAGUUACUUCAGUAUGCUCUGAUUGGCGGCAGGUGUGGGUAGCGUUACGUUCGCACUUCGCUCCGGCUUUGGCAUUUUUCGCUACAAACUCAAAUAAAUCCUUAAUUCUCGUUAUAGUUUUUGGCAGUCAUGAUCGUCAACUUCAUUGAAAACCAACUAUUCUGGACGGUGUUGCUAUACUACUUCUCUAUAGUCCUUGGUGAAGCUUUAACGGAAGAACGAAAUCCACAGGAACAGCAAUUCUUUGGAAUCAAACAAGGUGCGUCAUUGUGCGUAGAAAAAAUUUAUCAUUUCAUACGAAAAUGGGACUUACUUAAUUGAAACUUAAAUACCUAAUCUUUGCGAUUUACACUUGCAAGUUCAGAGUCGCAAACAAAACCACUUGAAAGUUAUAUUAAUAAGUAAACUUGGCACGUUCAGACCAAAUGUACAGAUCAGUGCUAAUAUUGCUUGUCCUCAGCGUAAUGUAAGUUUACUAAAUGUUUGCCCCAAAUAAAGUCAAUAUUGCAAAAUACAAUGAUUAUUUUUAACUAAAAUAUUUGAGUCAAAAUUACUCAGUAAAAUAAUGCGCCUUAAUUAUAACUUUUAAUCAAAUUACUGAAAUUUACGAGGAAAUUAAAUUUACUCAAUUUUUUUAAAAGACUUGAAUAAAAUUUGCUCAUAAAUUUAAGUAAAUUUGUUCAAUAUUUCGAGUCGUUCAAUUUGUGCAUUAUUUCACUCAAGUUUUUGAGCCAAAAUACUCAGGGAUAUUUUACAUUAAAAAACUGAUUAAGUACAAUAAUUUUCUCAAAUAUAUUGUGGAUGUUCCAACUAAGUAUCGACCCCAAGUUUAGAAAAUCAACAAGCGACUGGGCCUCAUAUGAACAAGACCAGUUAUAAUUAAUAGAUAUAAGAUCGCGUGUUGUGCGUUUUAAUUUCAUCAUCACUGUAUCUGGCAUGGACUUUUCAGGUGUUCGCUCUCAGCACGAAGCGUACAACAGCACAAGAGCGAAGACAGCAUUGGAUUGUGUCUUGUUUUGCCUCAGAGGAAAAUUGACUUGCACAUCUCUCAAUUAUGUUGAACCUACUUCGUUCAAUGGUGGCAAGGAGAAUUGUCAAUUACACAAUGAAACCAAGAAUGGUGAUGCAAAUUCAUUGAAGUUCGUGAAAGAUGAUAGAUACACUUUUUAUCGGAUACUUAGUGUAUCACACGAAUCAGAAAACACACAGAGGAAAGAGAAUGUAACUGAACAGGUAGUAAUUUUAUACUCUUACGGAGUCGUACUUCGGGAAUCAGUCAUGUUUGUCACUAUAUAGCAGCCGCAUUUGAUUCUUGUGUUUGGUCUGGUGUAUGAACGAAGAUGGUCUCCAUUAAUAAUGAACACUUACUGGACUUCAGUCUAUAAAUAUCAGUUAUUUUACAAUAUUUUAUUUUAUUAAUUCAUCAGAUUCUUUCUUUUCGUUUUAUCCAUGCAACAGGACGCUCCAGCCGGACCAAGCUAUAUCUCUUUUAAAUAACCAAAAAAGUUCUACAUAUUAAGUGAAUUCGACAACUUAUACACUUAAAUUCUGCUCUUGAGGGAAAUAGUCCCGGGAGUCUCAAUGUUGAGAUUCAAGGGGAAACAAAACUCUUUCUCGAGGCAACGGGCAUUAAGUGUUUUCUUAUGUAGUGACAUCAAGCCAGUUUAAAGUUCCAUUAAAACGGUAAAUUUUAACUGCAUAUCCUGUUGCCUGUUGUGCAUUUUCUUGUCUUUUACAUUCUUAAUUUUAACAACAAAUUUAGAAAAUCGUAGUUUACAAACUUACGAUUUGUGCGGCCAUUUUGUUUCCUUAUAGGCAAACACAACUGCUUCAAGUUGUCUUGACCAUUUCGUCAAUGGUUAUAAAACAUCGGGUAAUUACAUCAUCUUGGAUCAAGCACAAAACCUUCGCACAGUGUAUUGUGAUAUGGAAUCUGAACGAAGAUCCGUUUGGACUCUCAUCAUGUCAUUUUCGAGAAAAAACAAAGACUUGAGCGCAUUCAAAUCCAUACAAAUUUCUGCACCUUCCUCCCGAAACAAACUCGCUCCUAAUUGGUCUGACUACCGGAUGGGCAAGAGUAUGAUGGUUUAUGUAAAGUCCAGAGCAACUCAUUGGCGAGUUACAUGCAGUUUUCAGCAAUCUGCAGUCAACGUCAAGACUGACUACGUCCGUGCUGCGUUUGCCGAUUUUGAUUUCAUGGGUAAAUUUUGGGAUGGGUGCAAAAACGUGAGUUACAUAAGUGUCAUGGGACAAUCUUGUUCAAACUGUACCGCAUACUGGCGGCAGGGUGAUAACUUUACCCUGACUAUCCCCGCCGUUAGUCCAGACCCUUUCUGCGAUAUAAAAAGCGACGAGAGUGAAAACUACUAUUUUGGGGCGUACCACACUUACGAUCCCGCAUUUCGUUGUACAGAAUAUCCAAAUUCAACAACGAAUUACUGGUUCGGUUCUUAUGUUUAAUAUGACGUCACUGCAUGAGGCUCAGCAUCAACGAAAUACAAAAGUUGUUGAACAAUAUGGAACUCUUGGUCAACGAAAACAAAAUCGAAGGACUGCAUGCUUGGAACUUUUGGGCACUAGCCACUAAGCCCGUUUGAUGCAAUAAUACUACUACUACUACUACUAAUAAUAAUAAUAAUAAUAAUAAUAAUAAUAAUAAUAAUAAUAAUAAUAAUAAUAACAAUAGUAAUAAUAUUUAAUCAUUUAUAUAGCGCCAUUUCUUCGGCAGUAAACCAAUGGCACUUUACAUUAUUUACAUUGAAAAACUUAUCUACUUAAUAACAAUAUAUAUGAAUAAUAUUUAGCCCUAGUGCAAUAUACUGUACUGACAGCAGUUAUUUUACUUAAAAGUUGAUUUAUUAAAGUUGAUUUUAAAUUUUCUCAAAUAAUAAUUUCAUCCAUUUAUUAUUGUUUAAUUGAUCGAUUUCGUAUAUAGAUUGAAAACGCUCAGCGUAUAAUUAACAAUUCUUUCUAAAGCUCUUUAUUGGAGCUUGUUUCACUUAAGAAAAAUUAAUUUUCAUGUUCAAUUCUACAAAUUGUUUAAUAUGUUUAAUGUUUGACAUUCUACACUUGAUGAAACGAUUAAUGGAAAAUACUGGUCAUUGAACAUUUGGAAAAUGAUGUAAAUCCUAAUUAAAGGAACUAUGGGCCUAUAAAAAUACAUGUUUCGUCUUUCGACCUCUUCAGUUCGUUGCCGUAUUGAAAAUUCGAUCGGCCUUUUAAAGAGUUACAAACAUAUACAUGUAUAGCAUUGAUAAGGAAGAAGGCGGGGCUACUUCAGGGGGGCUUGUGCUGACUACCUUGUGCUGACUACCCCGACAUAGGGUGUAUAAAAAAAAAGGUAAACGAACUUCAGCGCGCUAUUAUACGUGAAUCAACCUCGUUCCCAGGGCUUCAGUGUGAGGUGGAGGCGAGACACGAGGAAGCCCUCACUGGUCCGGGCCGGUCACGUGACGUCAAAAAAUGGCAGUAUUUGACAGCUACUCGUCAAGGAGUGGCGAGAUAUUCUUUAAUGAAAUAUACAAGUCUUCGAAACAAAUAAAUAGCCAAAAGGCUUCUCAAUCGAUAUUAUUUAUGUGUAGAGCGAAGUUUGACACGAAUUAGCUAGGAUACAGGCAAAGUUCUGCAUCCAAGCUGCAUCUAGGCGUCUCCAUGCAAGUGGUGAUUCACACGAAAUUUCCUUUCUCUCGUCUUGAACAAUAUGGCUAUUGCUAUAAUUAAUAUUUAGUUUAAAUAUGCUCUUAUAGAUCUGACUUAGUUCAAUAUAUUAAAUAAACACAAAUAUAAAACCUCGCGUAACCUGUUUACGCUGUACAGGAAUAUACGGUUCGCUUGUUUCGCCGGACACCAACACUUGCCGUGUUGUAUAUCCCCUUCACAAUCUUUGUUUUACUUUAUCGUAUAGUCGCAAUUUUCAAGUAUUCGGAGUAUUCUGAAACUGAAAAACUGGGUGGCGUGCGAAUCUUGUAGAGACUACAUGGACAUCGGCCUAGGCGUAGAGCUAUUAAGUAAACAGGGCCUAAAUUAAUUUAGUAGUUUCAUUUAAUUGUUUAUCUUGCUUUUAUUUGUCAGUACCGAGAAUAUUGUAAAUUAAAAUAUUACUACAAUGCAAUACGCGUUGUAUUUCGUCAGACAUCUGCACUAAUAAAUACUGUACAAGGAAAACUACAGCUUAAAUAUUAAUAGUAGACGUUUCUUGUUUUGUCAGGAAACAUCACAGCUCACUUCGACACGGCUUUUGAGUCAGAGGCGAAAGUAAAUCAUGCAGUCGGGAAAACGUCUUACUUUGAAAGAUUAUUUUGCAAAACAUACUCGUACACACAAGAAUCGUAUAAAAAUACAAAUGUUGAAUUGUUAUUGUCAACUGUCAAGUUCAGUUAUUUUUAGACAAUAUGGUGUUAGCCAAUCAGAAUGCAAAAUUGACCGGCCCGGACCAGGGCUUCCUCGUGUCUCGCCUCGUCCUCACACUGAAGCCCUGGGAACGAGGUUGUACGUGAAUUACUCGGCAUAUGAACAAUUGUUUUUCAUAUUCGGAAAGAUCAGAUUUUAGCUAUUGAAUGACAUGCUUUUCAUGCCAAGUGGAGGAAAAAUAAACAUGUACGAGGCCGAUUAAAAAUGUUAGUCAAAAUCGCAUAUUUUCACCUCUGUGCCUAAUUAAAACAAUGCAUAACAAAAGUAAAAGCAAUUAAUCACGAACGUGUCGUAGCUUAGCUAAGAUUUAUUCCUACUUGAUAAUAAUUAUGAAUACAUAUUGAAGUGAAAUUCAUCAACUUAAGUACCAAAGAGGGUUCAUUUUCAAUGGUUUUAGACCCAACUCUCAACGGUGAAAAUAUACGAUUCUGACUAACAUUUUUUAUCGGAUUCGUAUUUGCUCAUUUUUUAUCCAUUUGGCAUGAAGAAUCAGAAGAAGAUAUCAUUCAACAGCUAAAAGCAUGAUCUUUCUGAACGUGAAAAAAUCUCGUUCAUAGGCAGAGUAAUUCAGAUACAAUAGCGCGCUAAAGUGCGAUUACCUUUUUUUUAUACACCCUGUAGCUCACUGUCGGAUAAAAAUAGAGAAGCAAGAAAAUUUCUUGCCCUGAGUGUAUGUUUAUAAGAUAAUUGUACUUUAUUGCCGAAUAGUAGCCUCGAAAUGCACCUGCAGGCAAAACAAACAGAACUUAGUCGAAAUGUCGAAUAAACACUUUCCAAACUGUUUAUCGUUUUCGGGGUUACUGCUGUUUUUUUGGGGUUUUUUUUAUUUUUUCAUUGGCUGCAACUACGCUUGAUGCCAGGGACCUACGUGCUCUCGUCAGGGAAAUAGGGAGCUUUAGAUUUGACUACGAGUACGACUACGAGUACGAGAUUCGUCAAGCUAAACGCACGCUGUAUGCUUACGCCAUCCUGUACUGACGCGAAAAAGUCGUAGCCGUCGCCCAUCUGAGUACGAAAUUGUGGAGAAAUCUGGUAGUCCUCACGACGACUUUUAAAAAAAAAACAAAGAAAGUUGGCUUUUUUUUGUUACCCAAAAAUAAUUUGUAGCAUUUAUAUAGCGUUUAUCCGGCGCAAAUAAUAUAUUCGUACUAAAUAUCUGGCCUGUUUUUAAUGUUAUGACUUAUUUACACGUUUUGUAGGGGAUUUUAGUCUGCAGGAGAUUUAGUUUAUGAAACUUUCUCUCUCGUUGUUGGUUUACUGUUAUAAAAGCAACAUUUGAAACUAAACGAAAACGACUACGGUAAUUUCCUCGCACGCGAUCAAAUCUCGUACUCGUAGUCGUACUCGUCGUCAAAUUUAAAGCUCCCUAAUGUUGGAGCCACCACUGUGCAAUUUUUGCUUACGUAAUCGGUCGGCAGCAUUUAAUUGUUAUGAGUCAGACGCUCUGUUAUUGCUAGCUUUUGACUACCAGAUUAUUAUUAAUACAGGGCAUCUCGAAAAGAACCCCGCUGUAUAUUCUGUGCCACUACAACGUAAACUUUAAUAUAGACUAGAAACUACAUGCAUGCAUCAACCCCUCGCCUCUAUUUUCCAAAUGUUAAUUUAACAUGCAUAACGUAUUAGCGAUUGGCCUACACAGAACGCAGGGCCGCAACACAAUUAUUUAAAAUUUUAAAACUUUCAAUUUGUAUUUUUUUGAACAAAUCGGCGAAAGUAGUUGAAAGAUUAAUACUUUUAACUAUACAACGAUGAAUUUGAGAAAUGUAUAGUGUAGGUAUGUUAAUAUUUUGAUGCCCAAACUGGCAAACAUUAACACCAGUUAAGAUUGAUACUUAGUGGGGACAUCGAAAAAUGAUUUUGAGCAUAUUAAUAGCGGCAUUUCACUGCAAUAAAUCCCUGAGUCUUUUUACUCAUAAUUACAAAAACCUGGCCUGUGAAAUAAUGUGCCCAUGCAGCGACUCAAAAUAUUGAGUAAAAUUGCUCAUAUUCAUAAGCAAAUUAUUCUCAGUUUUUGGACCAGGAACUGGUCCCCAAUCGCUGCUAAUCUUGUUGUUGUCGUUGUUGUAAUCGCUGCUAAUCUUGUUGUUGUCGUUGUUGUCGUUGUUGUCGUUGUCGUUGUCGUUGUGUUGUCGUUGUCGUUGUUGUUGUCGUUGUCGUUGUUGUUGUUGUUGUUGUUGUUGUUGUUGUUGUUGUUGUUGUUGUUGUUGUUGUUGUUGUUGUUGUUGUUGUUGUUGUUGUUGUUGUUGUUGUUGUUGUUGUUGUUGUUGUUGUUGUUGUUGUUGUUGUUGUUGUUGUUGUUGUUAUUGUUGUUGUUGUUGUUGUUGUUGUUGUUGUUGUUGUUGUUGUUGUUGUUGUUGUUGUUGUUGUUGUUGUUGUUGUUGUUGUUGUUGUUGUUGUUGUUGUUAGGGGGCGACGCUCUUUGAAAAAACCCUAAGGCUCCCGUCAUUACUUGUCCGAUCGGAAUGAAACUUGACAUAAUUAUUCUAAGCAAUAUUCCGCAUCGAUUGACGGUGUUCGAUUUUUCAUUUUUGACUUUAGAAGCGAAAUACAAGCAAUUUUUGACUGUAUUCGUAGCAAUUAAUAUAUACAUAUCAUUAAUAUUCAGCAAAUAUAUCAGCAAACGCAAAUGAUAAGAAAGACAUUGUCUUUUCUAUUGUUCGUUGUGAACACAAUCACAAUAGUCUAAAGCUUCUCAAGAAUGUGGACGGCUAAUUAUAACGAUUAAUUAUAAGCGUUAGGACUUAAAUUGACUAAUUUAACACGCUGGCUUAGAUUCUCAAAGCGCAGAGGAGUACUAUACUCCUAUCUGGCUAUCAUAUAAUAUUCAUAGUCAUGCAUAGCCAGAAAAUCGCGAACCAUAAAAACAAAGACAUGUCAAUUUGUUUUUAGCACAAGCAUGCAGUUAUGAAGCCAUUACCAAGCGAAAUGAACUGCAUUAACCUAUACUAUAGCAACAAUUCAGAUAAUUUGUUACCUUAACUCAAGUCCCGUUUACACGGCACGUAUACACGACUGUAGCUGCAAUAUUUUGCAAUGGCACGCACGGCACGGCAAAAUUUGUUACGGCAAAAGUUAAAUUUUACACGGCAUGUUUAGUCUUAAUACUGUGGGACAUUUAACUUAUCUAAUUUCAAUAAGUAAGAGUUAAUUACCGAGAAGGAGGGCUUUAUGCUAUAUACAGCGCCGAGAACGCGAAGCGUUCGAGGGCUUUAUAUAGCAUAAAGCCCGACAUUCGAGGUAAUUAACUGACUUAUUUCAUGAUUGAAGAGGUUUUCUAACAAAGUUUUAUUCUUUUUUUUUCGAUUUCGACAAGUAUUUUUCUAGUUUUCUCGCUUAUUUCUUGACUAAUUAGGGCUUUAUGGUAUUCAAGGGCAUUAUGCUAUAUACAGCCCGCGGUACAUCAAAGAAAACCGAGUCAAUCAUGAAAUAAGAGUAUAUAGUUACUUUUGAAAACUGCGCAUUUAGUUAUCUAUAUGCUUUGUCCAGAUUUACACUCAUUUAUUCACGGCAUGACUAGACACAUUUUUUGCUCGAAUAAAGUUUAUCUUGCAUGACCAAAUUAAAGUGUCUAGUUAUUUGUUUAUCAAGUCAAAUCUCGAAGGUUUUGAACAUUUAACGACUUGCACAAGAUCGAAACUGGGUCACGCAGUUCCUGGUCCACUAUAGUACGAUCGUACUUGUUAUACUUUUAAUAAGCCACUUUUUAACAUUGUUUAUUUCGAACAGUCACUCUUACCUUGAGCAGUUGACCUUGUUAUUACCGUCCCUGGCAACUGCAGAUGAACAGUCGCUCAUAAAAAAACAUUGCCUAUUCGUAUGAGAAUCUUACGUUUUCUUAUUUUGACAUGAUAGCUAUUUUUCAACAAAUAUAUUGAUAUUAAACUUGUUGAAUGAAUAUAUUAAGUUUCAGGCCAGUUGUACCAAAAUUUAUAAGCGCUUGCGCACCAUAAAGGCGGAUAUCGAUUUCCAUUCAGUGCAAUAUGUCGUGCGAUCGGCAUUUUACGAUCACUUUCUUUUGAAAUACAAGCAAUCAAACGCAACGGAUCAGGUUGACUGAACGCAUUUCAAAAGAAAGUGAUCGCAAAAAGUUGAUCUUGCGAUAUUUUGCACUGAAUGAAAUCGGCCUGAACGUUUCGAAGGCAUGCAACAUGUACGCACUGCGUACCUAUUUUUGUAUAAUGUAGCUAGUUUAUUGUUAAAAUAUAUUGGAACGCAGGUUUAAUUAAAGUAUCCUAUACAUUUACCCAAGAGGUAUUUAAUAAAUAUUCAGAAAAACAUUUAGAUUUUAGCUUUACUGGUGUAUUGAGCCAGUAAUGUCGGGCAUACUAGAGUAUAAAUUAUUGAUAUUCUGGUAAAUUUCCGCUUUGGCACAUAUGCAUAAUCUGGCACUAUAGUUAUAGUGUAAUUAACUACAACAUGGUGCAUAUACAUGCAUGCAUCUUUGUUAAUUAAUACCUAUUUGUUCUCGGUUUCGAUUAGCCACAUCGCAAAAUUUAUCUCUAAUAUUAUGAUGUGAUCUCUUCAUAAAGGUGAAUGGAAAUAUGUUGAUGAAGACCAGUAUCUCACUACUAAAGCUGAAAUCAUUAAAAUCAAGGGACACAUUCUUUACAACAUGGGUAUGUUACAGUAUUUUUGGUUUUAGGGAUUCGGCGGUAUAAUACCCGAAGUGAUAAUAUUUCCGGCGUGGCUCGAGUCGAGGGAAUAUAAAUGAUAUAAAUAUUAUACGGAAUAAGUCCAUAAAAAUAAUAAAAUCCUUAAAAAACAUAGAAAAGUUACUUUAAAACAUGAAUUUACUCCAUAAAACCGAAGAGUUAUCGCGGUUUGGAAAUGAGCUAUUUUUGCUAAUUAUCGAAUAUAGCUCAUUUUCAAACCGCGAUAACUCUUCGGUUUUAUGGAGUAAAUUCAUGUUUUAAAGUAUCAAUAUAAAGAGUAAACAUUCCUGAAUUCACUGAUGUAAUUUUAUUUUAGUUUCCUUGUAAAAAAGUACAAUUUACUCCUGAAUAUUUCAAUGCCACUUUUCCAACACCCAAAACAUGCAUAAAUACAAUCGGAAUUUAACAUAAGUAAAAUGCGAUAUAUAUACAAAAUUAUUCAAAAUUUCUUUUAUUAAAUUACUAAACAAAAAGGUUAUCAAAACAUACCUUUGAGAAAAUGAGAUCUUCACAGCAAAAAUCGCAAUAUAUUUCAACAGUUUUUAGUCGAACGGCGUGUUGAGAAUAAAUAGCUUGAAUAAUAAUGAGCCGCACUGAUUCGCGCGUUGCAUUUCGGGAAGACCCUCAUUCCUCCUCUGAGUAUCUCACUACUAAAGCUGAAAUCAUUAAAAUCAAGGGACACAUUCUUUACAACAUGGGUAUGUUACAGUAUUGUUGAUUUUAGGGAUUCGGCGACAAUUAUAAUACCCGAAGUGAUAAUAUUUCCGGCGUGGCUCGAGUCGAGGGUAAUGAUAUAAAUAUUACACGGAAUAAGUCCAUAAAAAAUAAUAAAAUCCUUAAAAAACAUAUAGUAAACAAUGUUAAAAAAAACUCAUUAAUAAUUCAGGAGCAAAACACAAAGAAAAAUCAUAAGCGUGUCGUGGUUUUAUAUGUGAUAAAAAAUCAUGUUAAUUUACAUAAACUUUAGCUUUGAUUUUCUCGGUUUAGACAAAAGUUAUUUUAAAAAUUACUUCGCCAAUGAACUCGUAUAAGAUGAGUCGCUUUUUAAGCCAUUUAAAGCACUUGUAGUCGUGUUUUAUCACAUAUAAAACACUCCGCUACGCGUCGUGUUUUAUAUGUGAUAAAACACUCCUACGCGUGCUUUAAAUAGUACUUCAACACUCAUAAAUAAUUCAUAAUUCAUAAGCUUAUUGACAAAUCAUUUCAACCGUAAUAUAUCACGUGCAUGCAGUGGCUUUAAGCCUGAUAAAUACUCCUAAUUAGUAUUCUUUAUAUAAAGAAUACUAAUAUAGGCAGGAUCUAUUGUAGUCGUGUCCUCAUUAGUAUUCUUUAUAUAAAGAAUACCAAUAAGGCAGUAUAUCUAUUGAAACUGUAGUCGUGUUUGAAGCCGUUUAAUAAACUCGCAUGCUCGCAGUACGUGUUUUAUUAGGUCUAACACUCCUGCUCGUUUAUUAAACAGUACAUAAUUUACAACAGGCUAUAGAUUCAAUGUUUAGCGACAAUAAUUUAUGUUGAUUGUAUAGCCCUCAAAUUUAUUGUUUUUACAUGCAAAACAUGCCAAUAUCUUUGAAGUCGAAAAUACGAGAGAAAGAACUAUAUAUUCAUGACUUGAUUAAUUAAGCUGGAAGUAGAGGAAAUAUCCAAGUCGUUAAGCAGUGCCCAGAAAUUAAAAGUUGCUCAUUCGUUUGCCGGGACGAUUUCAACUGUGUCAAGAAAUCUUAAUCACAGGCAAUGUCAGUGUGUUAAACAUCUCUCUACUCUGAUCUUGUUGCACGUUUGACGAGUAUUACUAAUGCUGGCUUCAUUUUUAUGCCUUGAAAUUGCCAUUGUACGUCUUACUUCGUAGUCUAUACGGUAUAUCAAACCAAAUUAAUAGAAUAUACCCAAAAAGUUUAAAACUCAAUUUUUCCACACAAAAAAAAAUACAAACGUACAUGCUCCAUCCAGUAUCACGGUUAUAGCAGUUGAUUGUGUCGAAUGAUUUGGGUAUCGUUGAGACCGCUGUCCAUGUUGUGAAAUUUUUCUCGUCAUUAUUGCGUGGAUCCUAUUUUACCGAGUGCAUGAUGCAUUAAGGGCCGUAGCGAGCGGGGGAUGGGGUGUGUAACACCCCCCUGAUGAUUGCUCAUAUGAGCAAUUUCAGGUAAAUUCACAUAGAUUUGCAGAAGAAUUUCAGGUAAAUCAACGCAAAUUCAGAUAAUUCCUAGCACCAGAGAAAGUUAAUUUACGAAAAUAACUGUCAAUUUGGGAAAAAAAUAAGGUAUAUUUACAAAAAUUUUAGAAAAUCCGAGAAUUUUUAAGAAUUUUAGAAGAAUUUCUUUGAUAAACGCAGAAAAUUUGUGAUAUCCGAAAAAAUUUUGAUGUCGCGAAAAAUUUGGAUAUGUCAAUAAAAUUUUUUCACCCCUGGGGUGGGGGAGGGAGAGGUUGCCAAAAAUAAUUUUUCGGAAAAAAAUUUCAAGUUAAAUUUGAAAAUUUGAUACUUUCAAAUAGAUUUAACCAAACACCGCCCCCUGAAGCGAGUUCCUCGCGACGGCACUGGAUGCAUUGGGCUUUGCAGUACCAAGUUUCAUUGUUGCCGUCGGGAAAAAAUAAAUCGACAAGUCUUUGCCACAUCGUCCGUGAUCUAUCGUUUAGUUUAUUCACUAAGGUAUACUUCAAAAAUGUUUAAAUUGGGUUGGUCCGUCUUUGUGAAAAAUAUCCGAAGACCAUAUUUAAUUAACCUCAACAAUAGAGAUUUUAUACAAUAUUCAUAAACAACCAGUAUGCAGUGGUUGCUCAUACAUUCGCCCUUGUGAUAAGCGCCUGCUGCUAAAGCUUUUCUCAAGCUGACUAUAACUUUUUGAAAUAUGUAUUGUUACAGGCAUCGAAGGAACUAAAUUGAGUUCCAAGCAAUUUUCAACUUACUCUUUUGAAUGAAGAAAUUACAUUGUUUUUUUGAAUGAAGUAAAUGUUGAUAAGACAUUACCUGUUAAAAAAGCUAACUUGUCGGUUUUAAUGCAUGUCGUCAAAUGCGCCGUAAUUCGUUAUGUAAUCAAAAUGUAAGAAGGGCCCCAUUAGACUCCUUGGAGACAUGGAAUCCGAAUUUAAUAUUUCACUAAUUGAUUUGAUUUGAUUUAGACACCCGAAAGCGUUUAUAUCCAUAAACAAAAAUAGCCUUUGUCCUGUUACGUUGCAAUGUUUUUACUUCGUUUUAUUUCAUUGAAAUCUUUUAUAAUUUCUCCAUUUGUAGGUUUGUUAAAAGAAUCCGUUGAACCAUUUAUUGAUUCGAUUAGUUUGUUCUCGUCCCUGCAAGAAAAGGACGAAAAGGGCAUAACCUCCUGCCUUGGUCUCCUUACUAAAUGUCUUGGAAAACUUUCUCUUGAAGAAUUUGAAGAGAUUCAAGUAAAGUUUCCAGAUUAUUUUAAGAACGACCAUCCUUGCCUUGAAUCAUACGUGCAAGGGAUAGAAGCAGUUAAACACAUCGAGAGUCUGCAAGAAAGUCUUUACAGUUCUAGACAUAUGGUAUUAAAUUUUGUUUCCUUUAAUAUGGAAAGAACAUAAAUUACAGAUAUAUCGAAAUUUUCAAACUUGAACUACUUUGUUCAGGAACGACGCGUGAUUGCGGAGGAGUAGCUUGAAUUUAGAUCACAAAUACAUUUCAGUCGUAUUGGCAAACAUGGCCAGAAAACCCGGACAUAUAAUUUAUUCUAAUUCCAUAAAAAUUUACAUAUCACUUUGAAAUAUGGCUUUAACUCUAAACAGUAGAUUGUAGAACGCGAUGAGGUAAAUCGCAAAAUCUAAGAAUAUGGUAGAUCGUUUGCAAAUUGCCGAAAUCGCUGGUGGUAAAUCAAAGUUUGUCGAUGUACCUAGUGUAAUUUUGGCCUGGUUUAAGUUGCUGUUUUUCCUGCUAUUUAGUUUAUUCCUAGUGAGGUAUUUUUAUAUAGAGUUGAAUAGACAAAUGUAGUUAAAAAUUAACCUCUGUACAAAUAUAGAAAUAGCAGGAAUGGCAGGAACUUAAAUCAAGCUAAUAUUACGCUAAAUUCUUCGACAGGCUUUGUUUUGCAACCAACAUUUUCUCCGAAGUUUGUUCAAUUUAUGUUUCGCUAGUUGAUAUCUUUUGUCUUUGAUACAAUUAGCGAUCGAUUCGUUUGGGAAAUCAUAUUACUGAAGCUGUCUUUUAAAUGUUUUACAGCUUGACGCCGAUACGUCGUUACUAAAAUAUGCCAUUCUCAGUCCAUCUUUGUCUCAAAUGUACGGGUUGCUGCAGACCAUUUUGAAAGAAAUGAAAACAAGUCUUGGAGCUCAUAAAACAAUUGAUGCACUUGGAAGCUCAGAGCAGUUCUUUGAGUUUGUUCGAGCGCUGUUCAUGAUUAGUCUUGCAUUGGCGUUCUCCCCAGUAGCACAAGAUCUCAAGUUAGCUGAGUACAUACAACAGCUCAGCUUAGAUCUCUACUUUCAUCUAUGUAACCACAACAAAGUUCAAAGAGUGGCAAGACUUGGCCACUCUGCCAAGUCUGUUAAGUUAAUGAAUGCAUCUUUGACUCUUCUUGGACUGCCCAACUUAGUUGGAGUGUUACAGGAAGAAACAGGAACGAUGGACUCUGAGGAAAGUCGGAGAUUGGAGAAGCAGGAUUUCUCGAAGCGCUCGGGAAUCUCUGAAAUGCAAAGGGAAGGAAGAAAAGAAAAUAAUAAUCUUGCAACUGAUAAUCAGGGUGCUGAAACGAGUGGUCCUAAUUGCGAUCGCGACCGUGAUUUAAGUCAUUUAAAUUUGUCAAGAGCCAAGGGUGCAUCUUCACUUCCGACUUCUAAUGUAGAAUAUGUUGGUAAUCAAGGUCAUUCCAAGACAGAAGGUUCAUAUUGUGACUCGUCGUCAGCAUUUGAUAUAAAACCUAUCCGUGCCGAGCUGCAUCGAACAAUAGACUCGGCUGAACUAGAAGAGAGACAGAAGACAUUUAGAGGAUGGACGUACAAUUUUGGCCAUGAAACGCAUGUGGACGAUAACGGCUAUCCUGGAAAGAAAAUGUAUCGCACAUUUCCCCUGUCAAAUCGGCGGGAACCGCUAGAUCCAAAAAAACAAUGGCAGACAUAUAAACACAAAUGCGUAGGCCUUCCCGUCGACCCCAACUUCUUCGCUUCUCCUGUGCCGUCUUCCGAGAGAUUGCAGGAAUCCAAUACUGAUAUUUCCUCUCCUGAUGAAGACAAAGAGAGCCCACAUCCUCUCGUAAAUUUGUCUGUACCGUACAUCAAACAAACACUUGAAAACAGAACGAACACAACAAAGUUCGGUAAUUUAGUUGACCGGGGGAAAACUACAAUGUCGUCCAGCAGUUCUGCUGAUUCCAAACGAUUACCACUCCAUCCUCACGAUCUACCGAACCAACCAAUGAAACGGCAGCGUGAUUACGACGGCAAGAAAGAGAAUGACCAUGAUGUUUCAAUAUUUACCCCCCUAGUUGAUCUGGGGAAGACAGCAAUGAGUGAUGUACUAGAAGCAAGUGUCGGGAAAAGUGUUUCUACGACUGAUGCUGUGGAGUACAUAAACAGUUGGCAACCGCCAUUAACCGAAGGGAUUGAUGAAGGAAAUGGUAUUCGACGUAAGUAUCCAUGCAAGCAUACAGCUUCUUGUCAAUUUGUGGUACGCUAUUGUGUGCAAAAUUGGCAGGUUUGUGUUGGGUUAAAAACAAUGAUGGAGUGCUCAAUGGAUAACCAGAGCAUAAUAAAAAUAUUUUAUUUAGCUCGUUUAAAAUGACAGGGUAGUUGAUGUUAUUAUUCUUAAGAUCCCAGUUAUAUUUGGUAGAAUUUUGUUUCUCAAGGUAUAGUAACGUAUGGUAUUUUAUAGUAAUACAUCCAAGAGGUGUCUCUCGGAGAUUUGAACGAAAUUUAACAUUUUGGGUAACGCAGCACACAGUGGCGAGGAAUUUUAUUUAUAAAUAUGGACAUCGCAUGGGACACGCAGCGAUCUAUAGAAAGUUGUUCUUCGACCCUAAGAAUACUCAAAAACAUACAUGUCCAUUACUCUCGCAAGCAUACAGACGGAAAAGAUUAUUCACCAUCGGUAAUAUAUAUUUUCGUUUCGUGAACUCCAGCUGGGCAUGGAUAACUCUCGCAAACAUACCGACGGAAAAGAUUAUUCACCAUCGGUAA